AUGGCUCAAUCGAAAUCCUCUUCAGACAGCGCCGUCGCACCUAAGAACUUCUAUAUUUUUGGCAGUGGAAUAUCGUUCAGUAUAUCGCCCACAAUUCACAAUGCUGGAUUCCUGCAUUACGACCUUCCACACAAAUACGCCAUCCGCGAGUCCACCAGCAUAGACGAAGUUGCUGGAUUGAUUUUGGACGAGCAAUUUGGCGGCGCCAGUGUGACAAUGCCACACAAGCUGCACGUCCACAAACUAUGCACCGACCAAACUGAGACUGCCCGCUUGAUAGGAGCAAUCAACACUCUUAUUGUCAACCACAAUGGCAAUGAGCGAAUCAUCACCGGUGAUAAUACGGAUUGGUCAGGACUACACAGGAUCAUACCAACGGCCAAAGGUCGGCCUUGUCAUUGGAGCCGGGGGGCAUCACGGGCAGCACUGUAUGCGAUGCAUCGGGCGGGCCUUCAGCAUAUCUAUCUCGUCAACCGAACACCGGCCACGGCGGAGAAGGUCAAGCAAGAUUUCAAUUCCGUCUUCAAAAUCACAGUGCUCCGCAGCCUUCAUGAGCUACCUCAAAAUCCCGAUGUGAUUGUCGGCACGGUUCCUGCAGAGACUACAAACGAAUCCCAAUUUGUCUCGAUCUUUGGACCACGGGGUCUUUGCAUCGACAUGUCGUACAAGCCAAGGCAAACACCGCUGUUGACAGUGGCUCGGAGAAAUGAAGGCUGGUCCGAAGCAACUGGAGUGGACGUGCUGCUGGCUCAGGCAUACGACCAAUUUUACCUUUGGACUGGGUGUGAGCCACCCCGAGGGAAAAUGAUCGAGGCGAUUGCUGAGCACGAGCGAGGGAAGGCGAAAGUAACCACGGGAGGUUCGCUUUGA